AUGGUUGAUUCUCCUGCUGAACAGAUGAACGUACAAACUCACCUUAGCCCAGGACAGUUAAAUGGGAGGGAGAUUGUGUGUGUUACCACUUGUGAGAUUUAUGUCCCCUUGCCAGAAGUGGAACAUAUGAGUGCAGGCACACUUGAGAGGGUUAAGAAGCGGAACCAAAUUCUCCACCUACAUGGGGGUUUGUGUGACUUGUAUCUGCUGACAUGUCCCCUUGCUGCCAACCGGAAAUCUUUAGCCAUGGAUUUUUGUAGUUCUCAACAAUCGAUUAAUCUGUCUAUCACUUUGAACAACAUCGCUAUAGAUACUCUUCGAGUAUUUGACAAAAGUGACUCAUGGUUUGAAUUUUGGAGUCACCUUGGUGACAGGAACCACAACACGACUAUUAAGUUAUGUCGGGAUGAUGAACACUGGCAGAAAUUCUCCAGCCUUCUGAGGGAGCAAGUCAGUUACUUCAAAGAGUGUCUCAGAUUCGGGGGGAAACCAGAUCAAGUUUAUGAACUUGUUGCAUUUCAGUCCAAGAAGACUGAUUGCAAUAAAUCUGAGAGUGAACUUCCACAAGAAACAGGGGCUCAGCACAGACAUACUGACAGUGGUCCCUACGAGGACAGAAAUUGCCAUAACACACGGUCCCUGGGAGAAGUCCCAGACGUUAAUGCCCGUACUGAAGAAAAUCUACUCCCUCCACCAGUAACAGCAACUGAAUCUGACGUGAUAGAACCUCCAUUUUCUCCUGCCAAUUUUGAAUUAUUCAACACCAAGUCCAAAGUAUUUGGCCACUCUGUGCAUCCAAAUAAAAAAGGCAAUGAUUUUGAUGAAACGAUAAUACCAAAUAGCACCAGAGCUGUGAAGUAUUUGGCUUAUUUUCAAUCUCAGCAUGUUCCCUCUCCUCGAACAUUAAGGGAAGAGAUAGAGAAGGGAGAUUCUGACUCGGAUCAAAGUGACAGUGACGCUUAUGAAGAUAUGAUGGACCAGGAAAAGGCCAUACAGAGACUGGUGGAGCUGCUGCAGGCAGCCAUUAAUGAAAAUGAUAAAGAGGCUGCAGUAAAGCAUGCUGAGAGUCUAGCAGCUAGUGCUGCUAAAGUAGCCAUAAGUCUGGACAGCAGUAGUCUGAAGAACCCAAAAGAUACUGAAUUUAGCUUAAAGGUGUAUGUGGAGGACAGGGAAGCGUCUGGAGGGUGUAUCACACUGAACGUGAAACCGACCGACACAGUCAAGGACCUCAAGCUAAGGAUGUGCUUAAAGCACAGUUUCCCUAUGGAGGUUCAGAAGUGGAUUAUUGGGAAGCGUAUUCCUCCGGACACUGAGACGCUUCAGAAAGCACGGGUAACCCCUGGUCAAGCUGUGUACCUCUAUCUCAUCUCCCCAAAGUCAGUGGGCUUGACCAAAGAAAAAUUCAUGGAGGACAGGCACAGAAAGCUACAUAAUCAAUACCCAAGUGUUCAGUAUCAGAAACAAGGGCCCACCAACUUUGCUGAAAGUGGACCAUACAUUCCAAUGGGGACACCAGUGACCCCCCAAACUCCUCUCAGCACCGCCCGGCAGAGAUCUGAGCCCUACAGCAGCAGCUCUACCGGAGGCGGGCAGACUCCUAACCCAGGCCAGCAAGGUCAACUACAACAACAAAAAUCCCGGGAAAGUCAAGGUAAACCAAAGGUGCCUCACCAGAUCAUCAGGGAACAGUCAUUGGAAGGUUUUGAAGUUAUACCACCUGGUGCUGUUGUCAGAGAUAUUCCACAAGUUCAGAGCAACAAACAGCAGGAGACGAAAAUUCAGGCGGGCUGGGUGUGCCCAGCGUGUACUUAUAUAAACCAGCCCACACGGCCGGGCUGUGAGAUCUGUGCCACUAACAGACCACUGGACUAUCAAGUUCCAGAGGGAUAUAAAAUGACAGAGGAAGAAGAGGAGAGGAUCCGAAGGGAGCGGCAGCAGGAAGAACAGACUCAAAGGCUUGAGCGAGAACGGCAAGAAAGAAACAGGAAGUUACGACAGGAGAAUUUUGAGAAGUUACUGAAGGCAGAAGGCAACAGUCUAGUUGGUAAUACCCAUCCCUUUAAGUGCCCGAUCUGUUUUGAUGACAUCUUGCCAGGAAAUGGGGUCAUUCUAAGGGAGUGUCUUCACUCAUUCUGCAGGGACUGUUUACAAGGGGCUGUGAUCCACAAUGAGGAGGCAGAACUACGCUGUCCGUACCAAGACGAGGAAUAUGCCUGCAAUGCAUCUCUUCAGGACCGAGAAAUUAAAGCGCUUGUGGAGACCAGUGUGUAUGAAAAGCAUCUACAGAGGAGCCUGGUCACAGCCGAAAGCCAGGAACGGAACAGCUUCCACUGCAAGACGAAUGACUGCCAGGGCUGGUGUAUCUAUGAGGACCUUGUUAACUUCUUCCGAUGCCCAGUCUGUAACAAAGAAAACUGUCUCACCUGUAAGGCUAUUCACGAGGGCAUGAACUGCAAGGAGUAUCAGGAGGACCUCAGAAUCCGGUCCUCCAAUGACAAGGCAGCCAAACAGACCAAUAAAAUGCUGAAGGACUUAUUGAAGAAAGGGGAUGCCAUGAAGUGUCCUAAAUGUGAAGUAGUUGUUCAGAAGAAGGAUGGGUGUGAUUGGAUUAAAUGUUCCAUCUGUAAAACUGAAAUCUGCUGGGUCACAAAGGGGCCAAGAUGGGGUCCCAUGGGUGUUGGUGAUAUUAGUGGAGGAUGUCGGUGUCGAGUGGAAGGGAGACCGUGCCAUGAAAACUGCAACAAUUGUCACUAAGCAACCAAUUGUACCUAAGCAACCAGUGAAUCAGCUGCUCCACUAACAACUACUGGUAACUAAGCAACGAGAGCAACCAGUGAUAGCAGCUGCCACUCCGAUCACCUCGGUCUAACCUCAGAUGUAUGAUGUUUUCCACCAUAGUAUAUAUACAGGGACGUAUAACAAGUGGAACUACUGACAGCUCCCGCGAAAUACAGUCCAUUUUAGCAUGACUUUUUAAUACACUCUCCAUGACUGUAACUAUCUCUCUUUGAGAAUUAUGCUUUUUUUCUCGAAAUAGAGGGCAGAUUUCUAAAGGAAAACUUGAUAAAUUCAUUUUUUUAAAAAGACAUUUUGAUCACUACUUUCUGAAACUGGAAGUUUUUCCGGGAAAGUAAAUAGACGACCGCAUUGCAGAUGUUAGGCGUAGCUACAUAUCACCAUCAUACAUCUGAGACUAGAUGUAGGGUACCGGAAUCUGCUGAAGUAUGCCAAAUGAUCAGCUGCUCCACUAACAUCUACUGGUGAACUGUUUGAAACAUAGGGACCUGCAAUACACGGGUUACCCAGACACUCAUUUCUCUUCAGUGUGCAAUAAGUUAGAAACAUUACCCUUAAUGAAAACUGUUGUGAAAUCAAGAAUUUUUGUGCAUGAUGAAUUUUUUAUGUUUUUUUUUUUUUUUUAGUAAAAUACCAGAAAUCAAACCCUCCACAAAUAAGAAAAAUACAUGUAAUAACUUCUCAAACUACAGAUUAAAACCCCAACAAACAAACUUAUAUCAAACUGUAAAUAUUCAUCUCUCAAACCUUGCAUAUAUCUAUCUCUCAAAUUACGAAUAUUUACUCUCAAACCAAGGACAUUUAGCCCCAUAAAAAUGAAUGAUUCUACAAUACUGUAUUCACCCCCCCCCCCCCCCCCCCAGCAACUAUAUCUUUGUUUAUUACUAUGUUAAAUCAGUAACUAAGACCUGAGUGGAUUAUAUUUUUGUAAAGAAAGGUAUAACAGUAACUAUUUAGAAUCUAAUAUCUAUCUAUUUCUUAAAGUUAAAAUUUCACUGGAAAAUUUUCAAUACUAAGUACUAAAUAACUGCCCCCCCCUCCCCCUCCCCCCCCCUAAUUUUCUAAGCACCUAGGGCACUCAAAAGGAUGAAUACAGUAUAUAUGCUUCUGAAUAAAUAUCUAGCUUCUGAAUCAGUUGUCAUGCUUUAGUGUUUCAUUAUUGUGGGGUGGGGGUAUUACUGUCUAAAUAAUUGUGUAAAUGAAAGCUUCAUUAUUUAAGUUAGAAUGGUUAGAUAUGGGUUACAUAUAUCUGACAUCACUAGCUUCAAAUUUCUCCUAUAUACACAACUAUCAAAAUUUCAAGAUGCAUAUAUCCUUUAUAUUGUAUAUGUUCAUUGCAUUAAAACUGGCAGCAUUGAAGCUAAUUAAACAUUGAAAACUACAUUUACAAUUAUAAAGCUAAUGUCGUUAAAUGUCAUGCAUUUCAUAUUACAUAAACCAUUACAUUACAUUGUUCCAAAAAAUGGCAAUAUUGAACAAGCAGGGAUGAAAAAUUGUGAGGACACCCGAUACACAGCUGCAGAUAGGAAAUACAGAAGAGUUUUAAAAGUGAGUGGUCUGCCCCUUAUUCACAUUUUAUAGUGUUUGUUUUCUAAAUGCUUUACAAAAAUCUGAAUUUUUAUACAAAAAAAUUCUUGAAAUUAAACUAGCAUAGAUAAGCUGUCUUUAGUGUGCUUGUAUCAUUUCAUUACAACUUCAGUGGCAUGUCAGACAGUUGUGUAUCGGGGCUUCGGGCCUCCUUCAGUUGUGUAUCGGGGCCUCCUUAAUGCUAGAAUUAACAAAUGUCCUGAAUAUUGUUAGAGGGCCCCACCAUAUAGCUGCCCUACAGUUAUCAUUUGUCUGUCUGUCUAUCAAUGCUUUAUAUUGCACGCGAGAUCUAAUGUUCCUUGGGAAGAUCAUUUUCAUCAAUUUCAUACAUAGUAUUUGGAUUAGGGAAAGGAAGAUCCCUUUCAGUUUUCAGAUUUAUUGGAUUGUUCUUACAGAGUAAUGGAACAUGGAAUUUUUUAAUAUCAAGAAGAUAAAUAGAAUUUUCUAUGACAUGCAAUAACUUGAGAUUACUUGAAAAGAUUUUUGUGGAAUAAUAAUAAUGCUUGGAUUAAGAAGAGAAAGACUUCCCCUUUCAAUUUUAAGAUUUAUAUGUUUUGUUCUUAAGAACUUGCAUGGACUUAUAAUUUUUUACAUUAAAAUAUUCAUUCAAUGUGGGGCUCUUUCUGACUUGUUAGUUUUUCGAGUAUCAUCACAAGCCACUGCUGAAAUGCACACUCCCCGUGAGGAGCGUAAAACACAUGCUCCUAGAGAGGUGUGUACAUUUCAGCUGUAGCUUGCAAUGAUGGUUUUCUAGUAAUCUUAUACAAAAAAUGAUGCUUUGUAUUUAUAUAUGUAGUAUUUUGUACAUUGAUUGUUUAGAUGUACAGUUUAUGCAGGCAUAUACACAAGAACUGUUCUCAGAAAUAUACGUGUAAAUAAAGCCACGUGUAAUAUUUUUAUAAUAACCUUGUUUAUGAGGUAUUAGGAAACUUUGCUGGCAAUAUUUUAUUUGUUUGAAAGUUGAUUUCACCUCACAAGCAUUCAUUGCAUGUUUUUGUUUUUAUGUUAUUUUUUUUUUAUGUGAACAUUUUGUGUGGUGUGUAGACCAAUCAUCAUUUGAUCACUGUGAAGUCGUAUAUAUAGGUCAUUUCGGUAUGCUGUCAUUUGCCCUCUGUAGAUGUGUCGGGAAGUGAAAAACUAUUUCUUCAUUAGACGGGACACUCAGCAUGUUUUGUGACAGUCUAUACUGAUUAUUGGAUAUUAUAAUAACAGUACAAUACGUCUUGUGAAUGUUUUUUCUUUAAUAUCAUUGUACCAUUAAAAUAUGGCAGACCAUUUACUUUUAAAAAACUUUCCAAUAAACUCCUCUUUGUUAAGAAAAGAUUGAUAGGGGUUUUUCAGGGAUUUUAUACAUUAGACAUCAUGCACAAUGGCUGCGCAUAUCUCUUAGAGAAGAACUGACAGCUUUUAAAAAUGCCCCUCUAAGCCUAGAAAUACAUUUGUCAAGAUAGAUGAAUUUUAAACAUGUGUUAAUAGCAACUUGUGAUCGUGUAUUUACCAUGCAAACUCAAAAUUGUACGUAAUAACAUUCCCCAUAUUAACCUCGAGUUUCUAGUCAGUUAGGACAUAUUGUAAAAUUAUGCGAAGUGCACAGUUCUUCAACGUCCGGUAAUGGCCGUCUCCUCCGGUUUAUCAUUCCAUGUAACAUUGUUGUGAUCUCUAUCAAACUGCUGUACUACAGAAUUGUUCAACGUUUCUGCAUGAUUUUUUUUUUCUUCCAUAUUUUUAUGCAGUUUUGUCAGAUAUUAUUGAACGUACAAACUGCACUGCAUUUGCAAUGUCAUAUAGUCGAUCAGACUUUAUAAAAGAUUGGAAUUUCCUGAAUCUUUUGUGAUAUUAUUCAAUAAUAAAAGCAGCAUUUGU